AUGUUGUAUAUGGAUAAAACUCAUGAAAAGACUUCAAUAGCCGAACGACUAAUUGAAAGAAGAAAAUCAUUGAAGCUUAUUGAUGAAUCAGCCAAUACAACAGCAAAAGCCAAAGAAAAAAAAGUGACAAAGAUUAAAGAAGGAAAACGGAAGACGAAUAGUGGGGACAAUCGUGCAGCAAUAAAGAAACAAAAAACCGUGAAAGAGCAAAAGACUGUGAAAGAUAUAUUGAAGGAGUUGCCUUCAAUAAACACUAGAUCGACACCUGGAUUGAUGACAGAUGUUGUAAGUUCUUUGACAUCAGAACAAAAAGAUUGGGUGAAACGGAUGGGAUUUAAAGCCUUUUUGAAGAUCAACAUUAAGAGUAUUCCCUUAAAACUUUGCCAUUUUGUGCUUAAUCAUUAUGAUGAAGGCACAAACAGUAUUCUGAUUAAAGGAAAAAGAAUAAAGAUCACAAAGGAAAAAAUUCAUAAAGUGUUUGGUUUACCCAAAACUGGAAAAAGCUUAUUUGAUUUGGACAAGGUUAGUGAAGAUCAUCAAGUGUUUGAUGGAUGGAUGAAGGAACUUGAAGAUGGAAAGGCAAAUGCAACAAACUACAAGAAGAUUAUUCAAAAAUCCGAACAAGUGGAUAUGAAUUUCAAGCUGGGUUUCAUAGCUUUAUUCGUUAAUACGUUUGCAGAAUCCAUUCCUAUGGGGACAAACAACUUAGUUCCAGUUAGAGCACUUGUUGAAGUAGAUGACAUUUCUAAAAUCGAUUGGUGUGCAUAUUUGUUGUACUGUGUGAAAAAUUCAAAAGGGAGAUGGCGUCCAGACAACCCCAAGUGUUAUUAUAAAGGCCCGAUGUUGUUGCUAUUGCUAAUUUACUGUGAUGAAAUUGAAUGCAAGCUCCAAAAAAUAGAACGUAAAACACCAUUAGUUACGAUGUGGACAGCAGAUAAGUUGAAGGAAAGACAAUCUUUUGAGAUUGAAGCUGGUGGAUUUGGGGUUGGGAAUCUAAUUGAACAAAGUUCAAAUUUAGAACUUGAGAAUAAUGAAAAUCAGGUGAAUGAGAAUCAGGACACGCGUAUUGAGGAAUAUAAAGAUAACUUUGAUAAGAUGUUCAAUAAAGUUUCAUCAAUAAAGGAGGACAUGUAUGGAAUUGUUUUUGAUUGUAUAUCAAAGUUCCGAGAUGUCAAUAUAACAAAUGAAUUGAAAGAGAAGUUCAUUAAGUUAUUUUCAGAUCCUAUUUUUUCAAGUGCUGAUAAUCAAAACAAUGAAAACAAAAAAAGGGAUCACAUGAAAGGGUUGAAUCUCAAAAUGAAUGUUCUUUUGAUUCAGGUUCUAAUAAGAUGUGCACAGGAGAAAAAUAGAAUGGAGGUACUUUUUGAAACAAAUACGGGAGAGAUUAUGCAUAGACAGGAUUUUGAGAGCAUGCGGCCUGAACAUGUUAUACAUCAUCGUGUGAUUGAUUCUUGGGCUGCUGUUCUAAAUUACGAGGAACAAAAAUCAAAAAGUAAACCAUACCGCCUGUUCUUCAAUACCAAAAUUAUGAGUUCUGAGUUGUUAGAUGAAACUAAAUCUUUUGACGAGCGUUUUUUAACUUUUGAGACUCGUGUUGAUAAGUUUCUAUCUAAUUUCAAGGCAAAUGUAGAUUUCAAUGAUCUUAAACUCGUGGUUUUCCCAAUACAUAACGGUGAUCAGAUGUAUGCUGUUGUUUUCAACCUAACAUAUCCACAAGUUCAUAUUAUAGACAGCAUACAAACAAAAUCGUUAGAAAAAACUUAUGGAAUGACACCAACAUCAUUAAAAUUGUACUUUAUACGAUAUUUGGAGAAAACUACAUUUAUCAUCAAUAAAAUCAAAGGUUUGCGAUCAACAACAGUGAAGAUGAUGAAAAUUGACUGGAACACAAAGGAGUUGACAACAGAGAAUGGAGCACUUUUAAUGAGACAUAUGGAAAAAUAUUGUGGAGAAAAGCAAGGAAAGUGGAAUGUGGAAAUGGAAAAAGGCAGUGAUGUGCAAGAUGUUCAAUUUGUAAAAUUACGUGCCUUAUAUGCUGUUAAGAUUGCUACACAUGAAAUCAACAACCACAAGGAUAGAUUUAUCAAAGAGGCAAUCGAAUUUGGAAAAUUUGAUCAUGCGACUAGAAAAAAGAUGUUAGAGGAAGGUAUCCAAAGGAUGGAUGAAUUGGAAAUGGGUAGUAAAUAG